AUGCCGACUCUUCACGACGACAUUCUCCUCGCCGUUGCCGGCUUCAGCAAGCUUAAGGACAUCACCGCCAUGAUGCGUACCAGCAAGGCGGUCCACGAGCUCAUCGUUAGGCACGAGCGUUCCAUCGUCAAGAACGCUGUCAAGACAUACACCGGCGGCGAUUCCUCGUUGAUUCCUCCUCGCGGUGCCAUCUGCUCUUCACACUCGGUCGAGCGUGAGUACCUGUACUCCAAGUCUUUCGACAUCCUUCACGAGCUCGACAUCCGCACAAGCCGUACCGAGACUCUUUUGAGUGAAGGACAGCCGCUGCGCAACAAGAUCGACAGCGUUUUCUCUAUCACAGGCGCAUUCCUCGACCUUCCGAAAGUCGAGCGGGAUAUUCUGAUGGCCCGCGUCAAAGAGGCUUUCAAGUUGGUGGAUCGACUGGCAGACUGUGCGGCGGAUGUGAUGUCGGAGUGGAUGGAACCGGCCGACAAGACAACGGCCCAGCAACUCGACGGUGAUGAGUCCGUGCUUGAAGUUCACAGUCGCCAGUUGGAUUUCAUUCGUUCUCUCUCGCCGCUGGACCUGGCCUAUCUCUUUCAACUGGUUACUUGGGCCGGCCAGGCGUAUGCUGCUCAGAAUCCCGCUCUCAUGGCAGAUGUCGACUGCUGGGAGCGCCUUCUCGCCUUCAAGGAGGCCACUCUCCGCCAUGGGACCAUCAUGCUCUGGGCUGUGUUCGAGCCGGCCAAGGUUACCCCGAGCACCAACGCUGAUCCCACCCGUCGCAAGCCCGCGACGGAGCUUGCUCGCUUUGCGGAAAACAACAUCCGCCUCAUCCUUGAAGAGAUCCGGAUCUAUCAAUCCACCGAAACCAGCCAGAAUCGCCUGCCGCCGGGCCUGCAUAUGACGAUGAGUAAGACUUUCGUCGAGAAAACCGGACGCCCAAGCACUCGCCAAGCUAUUGAGAUGGAGCACAUGGUAUUGAACGACAUCCGUGUCGACUAG